AUGCCACAAGCGACUCAUUCCCCCUUGCCCUCGGAGCGUUUCCCCUUUCCUACCAGCUCUGUAUCUGAGGACGAUUGCAGAUACUAUCCCAGACAGAGCUCGUCGCGGUUCAACGGACAGCUACUGGACUCCCCUAUCGUUGCAUCGCAUACCUUGCCAUCGUAUACCGCUGCCAGUUCAGGACAGCCGCAGCAAAGGAGACGCAGCCCAGCCACUUCGGUGGCAAUCGGUACCAACACAAUACCAUUCGCUACAAGCGGGGAGGGCGCUGGUCCAAGUAACUAUUAUCAGCUCAACGUGACCAACAAUCACCCAAACACGAUUGAUCACUCCUCUGACUCAACCACGAUAUACGCCUCCGACCAGGACUCAGGCAUGCUUGGCUAUCAGUCGCAGAGCUAUUCCAUGAAUACAGCUGAGGCAUGGUACUCUGCUCAAAAGAAGCUCGUCGAACACAAUAUGCAACAAGUUCAAGAACAGACGGGGAGGGACAGAACACCAGCGUCCCCCUUUCCCCCUCCCCAACCUCUGCCACCCACUCAUUCUCAAGAACGCUCACCCUCUAUGAUGCAUUUCCCCAUCACCGAUGGUUCACAACCCCCGUAUCCUCCCGGUCGUAUGCCGCGCUUCGAAGACAGCCAACUGCCGUGGCAUCCGGAUCCUCCAGAAGCUUCACUCCACCCUCGGUUUCCCCCUGAAUACUCUCACUUCGCAUCACACUCUAUCGCUGUUGCCAACGUCUACGGAGCCGGCUCUACUGAGGUCACACCUACGCAGGGGGACAUGGUCAGACUGCGGCAAGAUGGGCUUAUUAUUCAUACUGACCUUCGUCAGCACGCCGCCAGCCGCCAGGGUAACCCCUAUGUACCCUCCCCGUCGAUGGAUAUGCUGGGCGGUCACGAUGUCCACCUAAGUCGGCACCACCGGACACCAUCUUCAGGCAUGUACGCGCAAGGAGCAGAAAUAUCGCCGUCCGACGUGUCUGGUCGCUCUCCCACUGUGGCGUCACCCGGCGUUGGCAAGCCAGGGGAUGGGGCUAUGCGUCAAGGCUAUCCCGUUGCUCAAACGUCGUUCGGAGCGCCUGUCAUCGGAGAACAUAACAUGCACGGAAACGGUAUUAACUCCGUUAGGCAUUGGGUCGGGCAAGAGUCCGAAGUAGAUGUCGAUGCCGACGGCGAAGAAGAUCCGGAUACAUUGAGAAUGGCACCCGGGGCAUACGGUCAGUCUCAAUUAGUAGACCCACGUAAAGCGGGGGGCAGACGAGUAGAAUUUGAAGGGGCUGAGUUUGAUCAUGACGGCGUUUACGACGACGGAGGAAAUUACGUAUCGCAAUCCCAUGGCAGUAGCCUGGGCAGCGACGGUAUACGGAGGUUACGUGCAACGCCAACACGUACUGUGCGGUACACGCCUUAUCCAUCUUACGGCCAGUCACAUUCCCACUCCCAAACGCAACAGGCGCAGCACUCUCUUUCUGUUCUCCCACCAACCAACUCGUAUUCGUACUCUCUGGGAUUGCCGUCGAAUGGUAAUCGUACCAACGAUCCAAGCGUCCCUGUGCUUCCUCCUUACCCAGGCCAGUACGAAGAUAUCCCCAGUGACGAACAUGGGGUUCGCACGAGGAAAGUUAGCAGUGGUACGGCGUGCUCUUCAUCUUCCGCCUCGACCUCGACAUCCAAUACAUCCUCCUACCCACCAUUGACCCCCACGUCCCCAGUGUCUCCUACUCUGACCUAUCUCCCUGGUACCUACUCCGACGGCUCCAGCUCCAAUUUAGAGUCAAAACGGAGGGCAAGACAGGCGACGCCACUGCCAGUGCCUAUACCAGUACCUAACCUCACGAAGAAAUCUAGAGGCCGGAGGGUUCCGACCGUGGCCGUCCUGCAGCGUGGGAGAUCAAGCGAUAGAACGCGAGGCGGAAGCAGCAUGUCCGAUGGCGCUGCGGCGGGAAGCAAGACGUCAGCGUCUAGGAUGUACACCUGCACGGCGGACGGGUGUGGUAAGUGUUUCGCCCGUGGCGAGCAUCUGAAGCGGCAUGUACGGAGUAUCCACACGUACGAGAAACCUCAUAGAUGCCCGUAUCCUGGAUGUGAGAAGGAUUUCAGCCGGCACGACAAUUUGGGGCAACACAUGCGCGUGCAUAAAGACUUUGUCCCCCCUCCUAAAGCCCCUGUCUUUACGGGAUAUAGGGAAUCGAGGACCUAA